AUGUUCCUGCCAGCCAUGUACGCCGCUUCGACCUUCUUCGAGGGACGGCUCGCUCUCGUAGUCGGAGGUGGCGGGGGAAUCGGUAGAUGUGUUUGUCUCGCUUUCGCCAAGGAAGGCUGCCGAGUCAUUGUGGCUGAUAUGAACUUGGAAGGAGCAACGGCUGUUGCCAAGUCUCUAACGGGUACAGGACACGAAGCACUUCAGGUAGAUGUGGGUCAGUCGAGGUCAGUGGCUUUGCUCUUCGAGGACGUCUCCAGGCUGUGUUCUAGGCCUGCAAGCAUCGUGGUCAACUGCGUCGGCAUUGCAAACCCUAAGACCUCUUUUGUUGACUUGUCCGAAGAGAUGUUUGAUAAUAUCAUCCGAGUAAAUCUGAAGGGCACGUUCCUGAUAACUCAAGCAGCGGCGCGGGCUAUGACUGCAGGAAACGUUCCUGACGGAGCCAUCGUGAACGUUUCAAGCUUCGUGUCAAAGCUGUGCCUUCCCUGCCGCGGCGAAUACGCCGCAUCUAAAGCGGGGGUGGUGGCACUCACCAAAGUGGCGGCCAAGGAGCUGGCCUCGCAGGGAAUCCGUGUCAACAGCGUCCUUCCGGUACUCACGACCACGCCUAUGGCCGGAGCGAAUAGAAAGCCAGACGAAAGAAAGAAGGCGGUGGAGGACAUUCCUCUAAAGAGAGCCAGCCGCCCAGAAGAGGUGGCUGACGUCAUCGUGUUCCUCUGUGGCCCCGGGAGCUCUUUCAUGACGGGCGCUGCUGUGGACGUCGCGGGCGGGCUGUAG